GAAAACAGUCACAGGUCACCGGUAUCCCGAGAAGUAGGAGGAGAAAGCCGGCUGAAGCCUUGCGUUUAGCUUUUACACUGACGUAUGAUCUCGGCUGACAUCUGAGAUCUACCUUCAUUAUUUUCUUUGGACAAAACAGAUCAUCAUGGCCAAGAAGAGAAGCGGAAACCGUGAGACAGAGAGCAGUCCGCUGGUAGAGCAGGAUCCGAGGCCCUCCAAACAAACUCCACUCGUCAAAGGAGCCCAGUCACCAGGAGGAGCCUCUGCACGCAUGUCAAUCCUCCUCCUCGUCACUAUCUUUGCCUGUUCGGCUUGCGUCAUGUAUCUGGUGUUCAGAAAUUUCCCAGAACUGAGCGAAGACGAGAGAGAAAAAAUCAAAAUUCCUAAAGACAUGGAUGAUGCCAAGGCAUUGGGCACAGUGCUGUCCAAAUACAAGGACACAUAUUACACCCAAGUGCUUGUAGCGUACUUUGCAACAUACAUCUUCCUUCAGACGUUUGCCAUUCCAGGCUCCAUAUUUCUCAGUAUACUGUCUGGUUAUCUCUACCCUUUUCCAUUAGCUCUCUUCCUGGUCUGUCUGUGUUCUGGCCUUGGGGCGUCUUUUUGCUAUAUGCUGUCUUAUUUAGUCGGGAGGCCGAUGGUGUACAAGUACCUCACAGAGAGAGCUCAGAAAUGGUCACAACAGGUGGACAAGCACAGAGAGCACCUCAUUAAUUACAUCAUUUUUUUGAGAAUAACUCCUUUCCUUCCAAACUGGUUCAUCAACAUCACCUCGCCGGUCAUUAAUGUGCCUCUGGGUAUCUUCUUCCUGGGCACCUUUCUUGGAGUGGCCCCUCCAUCCUUCGUGGCGAUAAACGCAGGGACGACUUUGUACAAGCUGACCACAGCUGGCGAGGCCGUGUCCUGGAACUCUCUUCUCGUGUUGGGGGUUUUAGCUGUGGUCUCCAUCCUUCCCGUCUGCUUUCAGAAGAAACUCCAGCAGAAACUUGAGUAGAGAUCACCACCCCUGCUUGAUUCAACUCAGGAAUGAUACUGGUCCUCUAAACUUCUCCUUGCUUUCUUCUCUUCUUUUAUGCAUGUACGUUUCAUCAUAUAAUGGGCAGCCAGUGGCUGUCAGGACUGGCCCUUCCAUUGAUUCAACAGUACUUUCAUGGAAUGAAAAAUUCCCUCUAGCUUUAAGCAAUAUUUUCCAUAUCGAUGUCUUCAGUGGAUUUUCAGUUUCUCAAUAUUUUCCACAAGACAGCAAUGAUUUAUGUGAGAUACACUGGAAGAGACAUAUUUUCACUCCCUCUGAAGUUGCUGAGCUAAAAUGGAAAGUGCCAAUUUCAACCUUUUUUACUGCUGAUUUAACUAACAAAUGUGUUUGAGAAUGAGGUAUUACAUGCAUCAGAAACCUUUUGAGGGUGAGCUUUGUGGGUUUACUGCUUUUCUUUCUUAUUUCUCAUGCCAGCUGAGACUGCAGUAGGGAUCUGAAUGCCCUGUGUACUGCUGCUAACUGUAGAUGAUAGUGCUUAGCUGAUGUUAUAGACUUUAUUUUUCCCCAAAACUGAUAAAUAUGGAUGAUGCCGCAUUAGUAUUACAGAUCAAGACUGUAAAUUGCAUAUAGAUAGGUUCUGCCUUAAUAUAACAAGUUAAGUUAAUUGAAGUAAAAGAAAUGGAGCGAAUAUCCUGAUGUCACACAUACUGAACCAUUAACACCUAUUUUAGCAUUUCAAACCAUUUUUUUCAUUCUUUAUAUUUGGAUGCAGGUUUUUGAAGUAGUCAAAAUGCCAAAUGAUUGAUUUUUUUUUAUUGUUAAAUCAUUUAUAAUUUAAGUUAUAUAAUAUUGGCUUUCAUUUAUAUUUUUCAUUUUAGCCACGUGACAGAGGGAAGUAUUAAGUUUUGGAAAUAUAGGAGAUUUGUAACUGUUACAGUUGGUUUAGUCAAGCCAAUCCACUGUAAAUGAUUUUAAAUUCAAUCUGUCUAUUUAAUGGAAUAGUUCACCCGAAAAUUUAAAUUUGCUGAAAAUUCACUCACCCUCAGGCCAUCAAAGAUGUAGAUGAGUUUGUUUCUUUAUCUGAGCAGAUUUGGGGGAAUGUAGGAUUACAUCACUUGCUCGCCAAUGGAUCCUCUGCAGUGAAUGGGUGCCGUCAGAAUGAAAGUCCAAACAGCUGAUAAAAACAUCACAAUAAUCUGAAAGGAAUCAAUACGACUCCAGUCCAUCAAUUAAUGUCUUGUGAUGGGAAAAGCUGCAUGUUUAUAAGAAAAAAAAAUCCACCAUUAAGACAUUUUUAAUUUCAAACCUUCGCUUCCGUUAUGUUAUUUUAGUCACUCUACCCAUGGUAUUGCUUUUUUCGGUGAAAAAGUUGUCUAAGAGAAAUAUGCACAGAUCAAGCACUGUUUCCAAGUGAAAACAGUCCAAAACAGUUCUAAACAAAUAUGUUGAAGGAUUUUAAUGUGAGAGAACAACACGGCAUGGACUUUUUAACUGGAGGAAGUGUUACUGUGGAUUAUGGAUUGGUAUUUUGGCCUGAAGUGUUUAAAUUUAAUGCUUCACAAGACGUUAAUUGAUGGACUGGAAUCGUGUGGAUUACUUGUGGAUUAUUUUGAUGUGGUUAUCAGCUGAUCCAUUGGUGAGCAAGUAAUGUGAUGCUAAAUUUCUCCAAAUCUGUUCUGAUGAAGAAACAAACUCAUCUACAUCUUGGAUGGCCUGAGGGUGAGUAAUUUUCAUUUGUGGGUGAACUAUUCAUUUAAUUGACGCAACUUAGUGGGACUCUCUGCAGUUAAAUUUGCCUUUCAGUGAAUCAAAUCAGUCUUAAAAAAUGACUUACAUUUCGUCUAAUAGCUACAAUAUUGUUUCCUGUUUUUUUCCCUGAAUAUAAUAGUCAUUAAACCUUCAAUAUACUAGUUUCCUGACUUCAUUAGUUUUAUGUUGGGAAAGAAAUCAACAAUAUGUGCAAGGGGAUAAAUAAACCAUUUGCACUGAGAUUUCUCUUACUUGGAAGGGUGUGAUGAGGGACGGUUCUUAUUCCAGAUUUCAUUACCCUGUUACCUCAUUUGAAUUGUUCUCUCAUGCUGCAUUAAGUUAUUUUUGCAGUUUAUAUCUGAAUGUCAAACCUAACAUUUAGUUUUUGUCAUCUGUUAAUGUCUAAAUGUUCCCAGCAGCUCUUGACGUUACAUGGCACUUAACCGAGAGAGCGGAUAUGACUGAGUUAUUCAGUUGUUCUGCAACAGUUUCAAGCCUCAGCAAGCUGUAUUUGUUAUGAUGAUCAGAAGUGUGUUGAUAUACCCUCUCUGACCCAUUUAUAAUUUACCAAGUUGUACUCAUCCUGAUUUUUCUCUAGUUUAUUUUUACAGAACUCUUCUCAAUAAAUUAAGGUUACUGAUUACAGUAUUAUGUAAGAUUUAAUUGACAAUGUAUUGUUGUGUACUGUAUUUUUAAAAUCAAUUCAUUCAUGUCUGUCCAUCUUCUUGAAACAUAAUAUAUUUCUGAUGACUUGAUUAAAUACAUGAGUAAAA